AUUAUUCAUGUCAUUCACAUAAUGGACUAAAGGCUCAGUGGUUCCUGUUCGUCACAGAUGGAAGAUAAGAAUUAGCUUGGAUGAAGGUGGAUUAUGCAGUAUAAUGUCUGAAUAAAUACCGUUAAGCAGGGAGGCUGGGACUCACUGAAUCACUGGGUCUGCAAGUGCCCACAUCUCUUGAACAGGACCAAGACUGAUUGGAAAAAGACAUUGCUUCACAUGGAGACUGCAAUGUUCACCUGCUGGCUCCUUUUUCUGCUGUUUAGUCCAGCUGUUCCCACAUGUUCACCCACCGACUUCACACUGUAUGUGGAGAAGCCAGAGUGUGACUUCUGUGUGGCAAUCAAUACCACCAUCUGCACAGGAUUUUGCUACUCCAGGGACAGCAACGUGAGGGAUAUUCUCGGCCCACGAUUCCUGAUCCAGAGAGGCUGUACAUAUGACAAGGUGGAAUACCACACAGCCUUUCUGCAUGGCUGCCCUAGUGACUCCAACCCCUUCUUCACCUACCCUGUGGCUCUCAGCUGCCACUGUGGUUCCUGCAAGACUGACAGCAAUGAAUGUACACACAGAGCCAGCACAGAUGGAACUAAGUGCACCAAACCAGUGAGAAGUAGUUACCUCUAUCCUGGCCAGAGCAACUUUGUGAUUCCUUUUUGAUCCUCAUGUUCUCAUAACUACCUUUUUCUUUUGAUGUUGAAGCCAGAUGAGUGUAUUAUAUUGAGUAGAGCAAUGUCUGCACUGUGUGUACUGUUACACAUUGUACCAUCACUGUUCCAGCUUGUUUUAUCCUGUCUUUGUUGCCCAACUUGUUCUGUCCUCCAGCUCUGCUUCUCGGUUUACAAUGGGGGUUGAUCCCUGCGUAUAUUUCUGUCGCCAUUGUUAUUAAUCCUUCUGUACACUCAUGUGAGUGUGACUCCCAGACUUAUUAUGUUUACUCUGAAGGGACAUUCUGACUACAACUCAAUUAAAGCUGAAGCCUCUAAAUAGC